AUGUCGUCGAACAAAUGGAGGGUGGAUAUGGAGACGAGGAGUAAGCUGCUACUCAUCCAGAAGACCAAGGGCAAUGAUCGAUGCUGUGAUUGCGGCGCUCCGUCACCUCAGUGGGCCUCCCCCAAAUUCGGCACUUUCAUCUGCCUAAACUGCGCUGGCACCCACCGCGGCCUAGGCGUGCACAUCUCCUUUGUCCGCAGCAUAACCAUGGACGCCUUCAAGCCUGCUGAAAUCCAGCGCAUGGAACACGGCGGCAACGAUCCCUGGAAACUCUUCUUCGAUGAGCACAGCGCCAACGUUGCGGAAGGCCGUGUGUUUGAUGAUUCGACCAUCAAGGAGAGGUAUGAGGGCGAUGUGGGCGAGGAGUGGAAGGCAAGAUUGACGGCCAACGUUGAGGGGAGGGAGUAUAUCCCCGGUGAAGAGAAGAAAGCUUUGUCAAGGGCCGGGACGCCGCCUUCUAUUUCUGCUACGGGCAGUGACCAGAGAGGCUUGACGCCAUCCAGGUCCAUGUCGCCUGCGAAGCCGGAGGGGCUGGUUGGAAGUGCAGGAGCGGGAGCGGGAGGAAGAAAAGAGCGGAACGAAGCGUAUUUUGCGUCUUUGGGGGCGGAGAAUUCGAGUAGACCGGAAAACGUGGCGCCGUCGCAGGGCGGGAAGUACACGGGAUUCGGAGGUGGGAUGCCAGCGUCUACGCGAAGCGAGCAGCAGGAUGACAGUGGCGCUGCAAUACCGGGCCUGCAAGACUUCCAGAACGACCCCGUUGCCGCGCUGACGAAGGGGUUCGGUUGGUUUACAACUACUGUGACCAAAGGGGCGAAGACGGUGAAUGAGUCCUAUUUGCAACCCGCCGCUAAGACGCUCGCGGAAACCGACCUGGCCGCCCAGGCCCGCCUCGCCGCCACUCAGGUAUCCCGAAAUGUCCAAACCGGCACGCGCGGAGCCGCAGAUGCCUUCAGCCGAUUCGUCGAGGGUCCUGCAGACACAUCAAUAUCGCCGUCGGGUUGGCAUGGGUCGCAAAGAAGAACAUUCGUUCCAGAGAGGAAGGACUUUUGGGAUGAUUUUGCCGCUCUAGGAGAGGAGAAGAAGCGGCCGGAUGCUGUUGGGACGGCAGCCAUGAAGGGUGGUGGGCCCCCUUCUGGUGGCGCUACUGGUGGUGCCGGUGCUGCUGGCGGGAACGGUGCAAAGGGGAAAGAUGAUGCGGGUAAGAGUUGGGAUGAUAAUUGGUAG